UCUACGCCCAAAUGUUAUUAUUGUACCCGUUAUGCCAUACCUUGAAUUAGAAAACGACGGGUCACGAUUGUGCAGGAGAAGAGGAAGUCGAAGUGGGCCCGGUGGGGCCGACGCGGCUGCCCGGUGUCCUCAGCUCCACAAAAUUCCCGCUCUGUUCCGUACUUCAACGAUGAAUGAAGAAGAUAUAUGUCGCAUCUGCUUCCUAGGAAGUAGUGCGGGGCAGCUUAUUCAACCGUGCCAUUGCAGAGGAAGCAUUGGUUACACACACAAAGCGUGUAUGGAGAAAUGGGUGUCCGAGAGGAGGGAAGAGGAAUGCAACAUCUGCCACUUCCGAUACCACAUUAUAAAAGAACGAAAGACAUUCCUUGACCUGAUGAGGGACCGAGACGGCAGGAUAGAACCUCUGGUGUUUGCCUCCAUGGGCGUCUUGGAACUCCUCAGUCUGAUCCACCAGUUUGCCUUCUCUAUGGCGCUAACAGCUCAACUUUGGCACAGCAUCCCGACGCCAUUGAAGGCGCAAAUUCCGCUCAUCUUCGCCAUGGAAAUCGUCUACUGGUCCAUAUUCCCCAUAAUGGCAUUCAGGUUGGCCUGGGACAGCUGCAACCGGUGGCGACAGCUCAACGCCGACGUCCGAAUCGUUCUUAGCGAUGCUUCACCACGGGAACCGUUUGCACCAUCUGCAGGCUCCUCUCGUGCAGACCCUCGUCCAGGAGGCGCUCCUCCGGCAGACGCUCCUCCUGUAGACUCUUCUCCUGCAGACCCUCGUGCUGGAGGCGCUUCUCCUGCAGACGCUCCUCCUGUAGACUCUUCUCCUGCAGACUCUCGUGCUGGAGGCGCUCCUCCUGCAGACGCUCCUCCUGUAGACUCUUCUCCUGUAGACCCUCGUCCUGAAGAUGCUGGUCCUGCAGGUGCUCCUCCUGUAUACGCUCCUCCUGCGCACCCACGUCCUACAGAUGCUCCUCCUGCAGAAGCUCCUACGUGAAAUGUCGGGACGAAAAUCUAAGGCGACCGAGAGCUACGUCACAAUGGGGAAGUCUCCAGGGACCAGGAAUGGUUCGCACUGUCUGGUGUGACAAGUCUUUGUCGCACACUUCCAAUAACGCAAAAAGCGAGACAAAUAUCUGGAGACAAGAACGUAGGCAUGACGGCCGUGUUGCUGCCAUAGCCGCACGAAUAGUACGUUGUAGUUCAGUGCAGUGUACCAAUAUACGUUAUUAAAUGUUACAUUCAUGUACCUUUCUA